UAACAUGUAGGUAUGUCGAGACCCCGCAUUUUCUAGCCCCGAGUCGGGCCUGCCCCGCAUUCCGGCCAGAGCCCGCUCCUGCUGCCAGAAACUCGGGGAAGAAUGCUUCAUAACGUUGGGCUCAACCAGAAUUAACAAUCUGGAGCGUACAAGAACGCUCAAACUGCCGCUGUCACGCAACCCCUGAAUCGGUCGUCCAAGUGUUUGCCAACAAAGUUGGCUUCUAUACCGGACCCAGGCAGGUCUUUGGGACACUCUCCGCAUUUCGGCCUGUUCAGUUUAUCUGUUGAGCCUUGACUCCUAUUUUCUGUUUACUUCCCCAACCCGCGUGUUUCCACGGCACCCACGCUACUUCGGCCAAACAUGGCGGACCGCACCGUCGUUGUGUCGGCGCCCGGAAAGGUGCUGCUCGCUGGGGGAUAUAUUGUUCUCGACCGGAAGCACACGGGUUUGGUCUUUGGCCUGAGUGCGCGCAUCCACGUGCUGGCCCAGGAGAUCCAUACCAGCGAAGGCGUCCACAUCUCCGAAAUCGUGGUGCAGAGCCCCCAGUUCCUCAAUGCCACCUGGAGAUAUGGUUACCACCUCGUCGAUGACGGCGGUGGCAUCAAGGUCACCCAGCUGCAGUCGGGUGCCCCAGUGGACUCGAACCACUUUGUCGAGACAACACUGAACUACGUGCUCAGCUACAUUGCCGCUAUAGACAAGAGCCGGCGUGCUCACGGCUUUCAGCCCGCAUCUCUUGUCAUCCUCGCGGACAAUGACUAUUAUUCUAAGCCGAAGCAGGCAGCGGAACGGCCGUCAUCCAGCUCGUCAGCAGGCGACACGCUGCUACCACCCGCCCCUGAAGAGCACCCAUCUUCAAACAGCUCCUCGUCAAUCCGGGCCGAGGAUGGGAGCCCGUCGACUAGGAAGGCUGAGAAACCACCGCGGCCACGGUUUCGCCAUUUCGGCACCACGCUUCGUGAAGCCCACAAAACCGGCCUCGGCUCCUCCGCCGCCCUCGUCACCUCGCUAGCCGCCGCUCUGCUCUCCCACUACCUCCCCCCUGCGCUCUUCGACCUCGCUACUCCCCAAGGCAAGCGUAUGCUGCACAACCUGGCCCAGGUUGCGCACUGCUCGGCGCAGGGCAAGAUCGGCAGCGGUUUCGACGUCGCCAGCGCCGUCUACGGCUCGUGCCUCUACCGCCGCUUCAGCCCUUCGCUACUUUCCGGUCUGCCGAACCCGGGCGAACCGGGGUUCGCGUCGGCUCUCGCAGAGCUGGUGAACGGAGACGGAUGGGACUGUGAGAUUCAGAAGGACAAAGUCGGCCUGCCGGCCGACGUGGCGAUCCGCAUGUGUGACGUCGACUGUGGCACGCAGACGGUGAGCAUGGUGAAGAAGGUGCAUGCGUGGCGGGACGGGAAUCCGGACCUUGCCGCCGGGGCAUACCAGGAGUUGCAGAGUAAGGUGGAUGAUCUGGCGAGGGUGUUGAGGGAAGGCAGGGCAGAGCAGAUUGGCGCCGUGAUGAGGCCGUUUAGGGGCCUUAUGCGGAAGUUGGGGCAGGAUAGCGAGGUGCCGAUUGAGCCGGAAAGCCAGGAAGCGAUGUUGGAUGCGCUGGAGGAGCUGGAUGGUGUCUACGGGAGCGUGGUACCCGGGGCGGGCGGGUAUGACGCCGCCGCGGUGGUGAUGAAAGACGAUGAGGAGACGGAGAAGAAGGUCAGGGGCUUCUUAAGGGAAUGGAGUGUGCAGCAUGAGAUACAGGUGCGGCUGAUGAAGGUGAAGGGGGAGACGGAUGGAGUGAGGACAGAAGAUGUGGGGGAAUUCAAGCUAUGGGCUCACUAGCGGGUCGUGU